AUGGCUUCGAACACACUUGCUGAUGGUGGAGAUGAUGCACCUAAUUACCAAUUACGUGGUGUUGAACAAGUCUCUCCAAACACUGGAACAAAGAGAUAUAUUCCAGAUUCACCCUCUUCGUUGACGCCAACAGAGGGCAUGUUAUUCGACACAGUUGAUGACGCGUAUAACUUUUAUAAAACUUACGCAGAAGCGGGAGGUUGGACUGUAAGGAAGGGCACACAGCACGAGAACCGUGGUAUUGUUAUAAACAAGUACUUUUUUUGUUCAAAGGAGGGUCAAAAAGACUUUCGACCGGUCGAUACUUUAGUCAAACAGCCGUCUGAUAGGUGGGUACGUAGGGUACCAUCCAAAAGGACCGGCUGCCAAGCUGCGAUCAGAAUAAAGCUUACCGAUGCUAAGAAGUAUUUGUUGUAUCAUUUUACAGAGGCGCACAACCAUGAUUUUGUGCAUGAAGAAGAUUUACAUCUUCUCAAGGAAAACUGGGGUAUUAAUCGUGCACACGAAGAGAUGAUAAACAAGAUGUCACAUCUCAACAUUGGUCCUGUUCGUGCAUUUAACAUUAUGAAGGAAGUGUAUGGUGGGUUCGACAAAGUCGGUGCGACCAAAGUCGAUUUUAAAAAUUUCAAGAAAGAACUAAAUCUUUUUAUCGGAGAGUUUGAUCCGGAAAUGUUUGUCAAGCGACUGAUGAGGAAAAAUGAGUUUUUACCGAACUUCUCUUGUGAAUAUGAAACGACAGACGAAGGUGUGUUGAAGUGCAUUUUUUGGGCCGACGAGGAUAUGAAGAGGAAUUACUAUAUGUUUGGGGACGUUAUAUCAUUUGAUGCUACCUACAAGCGUAACAAGUAUAACAUGAUGUUUGUCCCUUUCACUGGGAUUGAUAAUCAUAAUAGGAACGUGACACUUGGUGCGGCAAUUCUCAGUUCUGAAACGACAGAGACGUAUAGCUGGUUACUUAGGGCGAUCAAGAACGCAUAUGGGUACGCGCCUCCCGUCGGGGCUGCCCUGUGUUCAAAUACAGAUUUCAGGAAAAGAUUGCCUGCAGUUGUUUGGACUGAUUCUCUAUUGCCCGAAGCGUUUGAGGCUGAAUGGGCAGCUAUUUUAAAUGAUUUCGGUUUAACCGACCAUGAAUGGCUGACGUAUAUAUACGGGCUACGUGAAUCAUGGAUUCCAGCUUACUAUCGCGAGGAAGAAAUGUCUGGUCUUAUGCGGACAUCAUCUAGGUCCGAAAGCGAGAAUCACUUUUUUGGCAAGAUUAGCAAUCCAAAGUGCACGUUGGUUGAAUUUCUUAGCCACUUCGACACGGCUAUUGAAGCGCAAAGUGUCAGAUUAGAUGACAUCGGUGAUUUCAUUAAGUUUUUCAUAAAGGAUCUCGAUCAGCCAUGUUUUUCGUUUCUCGAGGUUAUGAUACGCGAGGAGGAUGUUACUGUUAAGUGUAUCUGCAACAGGUUUGAGCAAUUUGGAUUGUUGUGCAGUCACAUUUUCUACGUGUUACGGAUUCUUGAUGUAAGGGAGUUUCUGAAACAAUAUAUAUUGAGGCGUUGGACACGUGAAGCUGUUCCAAAUAGUUCCCCCGGGUCCAUUCUUACGGAUGGUGGAGAUCCAGAUCGUAGUGAGGAGGUUAACCGUUGUGUUCGUGAGAUUAGUCACGCAACUGAGUAUGUUGUGAACAAGUUGAUUUCAAAAUUUGAUAAGUUGUCUGAUUUUCGUGAUCAUAUCAAGCAGUUUAUGUCAGUUGCUGAUGAAGCUCAAAUAAAUGCACCUCCCAAGACACGACGUAAUCGAUUUGCUGAACUGCUAGGAGUUGCUCCAGAGAGCACCGCCACUAUCCGUGUUCCAGUUGGUACCAGGUUCAAGGGUUGUGGUUCUCAUAAACGCCUUAAAUCUCAAAAGGAGCGAGCCAUAAGGCAGUCUGGAAGUAAACGUCGUCAAUGUUCAUUAUGUAAAAAAUAUGGUCAUAACAGAGUAACGUGUUGGAAAUACACUGUGGCUGUGCCUGAGGCAGGUGCUUCGCGGAAUGUUGAAGGUAAUGAAGAUACAAUUCGCGAAGGAGAUGCUGCUACAGUUGUUGAAGGUGAUGGUCCUGGAUCGAACGAUGCUGAUGAUGUGUUUUACACAUCUGGAAAUGAUGCAGAUAUGGAUGAUGAGGACAUGGCAGAGUAG